AUGUUUUUGUCUUAUUUUCCUGUGAUUGGAGCUAGCCGUUUGUUUUUGUCUAGCCUUGUAAACUAUCGCAAUUUCGGAACAAAAAGAGUCGUACAAAAGAGAAAAUAUAUGCUAAAGAUAUUACAUCCUGAGGAAAAAUGGACUGAGAAGGCAAAUCACGAUGGGCUCUUUGAUAAAAAGGAUUGUCUACCUAAAUCCUUAUUAAAAAGCUCUCUAAUUAGACGUCUCCUAAAUUCUAACACGAUUGAAGCUUCCGAUUUAGUGUCUAAAAUAGCAUGGGACUCAUAUAAAUCUGACGUUCGAGGUGUGAGGUGGCAUCCCUCUGGUAGUUGGUGUGUGAGAUUUAUAAGAAGAAACCAUGAACAUAACUUCUUUGUAAACUGCAGUUGCUACUUUAGAGUAGAACAGCAUGGAUUUUUUGAAGCAAAAAGGUUAGCUAUCGCAUAUAGGAAGCGCCUGGAACAGGAGUACAGUGAGCUGGAAGAAACAUGGGAGAAAAUCGACAGGAAAAAGUAUUUGGAGAAGGAGGAGCGAAAAAAGCUCAAACAGGCACAAAGUAUCGAAGAAAGGUUCAUUGCCUCAAGUACCGUACCGGAAGAAAUUUAA